UUGGAUUUUGUCUUCAUCGCAGAGGCUUUCUAACUGAACUGGCCGGUCGCCAAUAAUACCUGUGUGCACACAACCGUUGGUUGGUGGUAAUUUUGAUGGUGAUAUUGAAUAAACUGGAGUGUGGCUGCAGGAGUGAAGUAGAAUUCGCGCGCGCUGCUGCUGCUGCUGCUACUCUUGGAGGAGUGUUUCGCGAAUAAUAUUUCUUUGUCGAAAAAAAAACGUUUUUAAUCUGGCGUUGAAUCUGAAUUUUCGUGUGCCAGAGAAGCUUCUUUAUGCAGAAAAAGUUGUCCAUAAACGUGCAGUGUUGCAGCUGAACGCGGUUUGUUGGCCAUAAGUGCAGUUGAUUACAGUGUAGGAACCUGCAGUCCUUUUUUGGUGGAAUUAGUAAUUGAUCGGAUUAAUUUUGGUGUUCGAAAGCAAGCCAAAGGAAAGAAAUUUUUCUUGAUAUUUGAUGAUGGUAUAAAAUUAGUUGAAAAACUAAGAUAGAGAGAUUGUGAGCAAAAGUUGAACGAAGAGAAGGAAAUAAUACACAUGUUCAAGUGGUGCGAAAGAUUUAAAGCGGAAAAGUUGAUUGUGUUAUUUUUGCAUAUCUAAUAUACAGUUUCAUGUUAUUUUUGUGCCGGCUAAAGCCAGUGAAACGUUAGAUGAAGUGAUUGAGGUUGUGAUCUGUAUAUUGCCUGUCUGCUUUUUGCUAGUCUGCUACUGCUAUCGAAUAGUCAUCAACUUUUGUCGUUCGCUGCAAGCGGUAGCAGCUGGAAGAAAUCCGGCCGAAAGGAAGGUGAAAUAAAAUAGCAUUUUGCGGAGUUUUCACGAGCCUAAGAGCCUGCUCGUUUGGCAGACAAAGACAGCACGACCAGCAAACGAUCCAAGCAAAUUCGAGAUAGAAAUAAUUCAUAUUGUAUCGCACCGUGUGCGUUCCGAGUGAUCAGGUCUGUCUGAGCCGUGAUCAACGAGGUAUUGCUCUCCGUUCCAGAACUCGAACGCCGCCGGCCGGUCCGGGGAUUAGCAGCAGCUGGAUUGUACUGUACUGACAACUCGAGCGCGAACUGAAGUACGCGGUUUAAUGUUGUGUUGAUCGGUGUCGAGGUCGGUAGUCGGUAGCGGGAACACGCGGGGUUGAGUGUUUUGUCACCAUUUGCGCUGAAAGAGCGAAGUGUUUUAUCGAUUGUUUUAAAUCAUUUGAUUCGGCGCAGGUGGAAAAAAGAAAGGCCAAAGUGCCAAGUGUUGGUAGAUAGAAAAAUUGUGUCGACUUCGCGGAGAAGCUUACCAGUGAAUUCAGCUUAAGUUGAGUGUAAAAUUUUGAUGUGAUUGAGGAUCACUCCAGAGAGUGUAUGCAUUAUCUCCCUUCGGAUACGGAAAUCAAAAGAAGCGAUUGUUGUUCGGUGCGGUUUGACGUUGCUAACCACAGUCGAUCUGAAUUGUCUGUGUAAGAUCCACCAUCUAAAGGAGGAUUAAUAACUCACUAGCGAAGAAGCUUCACUCGAACAGCGGAGAAACACGGGAUUCACCAUGGCGGCUCGGAGGCGACCCUGUCCGUCGCUCAUUGGCCACUGUCCUGCCGUAAGUCUGGCACUGCUGUUAAUUCAACUGAUAUCCAUCGGAAGCAGUAUAGCGGUAAGCAACAGCGUCUUCAAGGCCUUCAGCAAAGACCAAACCGUAACGUCCAGCACGUUGAGCUGGGAAAAAUUCAACGGUGAAAAAUCACAACUGCAGUUCGCGGUCGCAAGCUACAACCCAGCGGAACAUCCUCGAUCCAAGGAGCUGAUGGAUAGCGAACAGCUGAGCCACGCCAGCUAUGUGUGUCGAAUACAAAUCGACGGCAUCUACUGCGCCGGCCAGACGCACAUGGAGGACACGUCAACCAUCUGCACGGCGUCACUGCAGUCGGAUAUCCGGCGGCAUCGAACGUUUGAGCUGCUGGUAAACCGAGGCGGCGGAGGCAAACUCAAGUGGAAACCAUGGGACCGAUAUCUGGCGGAAAAGUUCCCGGGAGCCGUCAGUGCCAGUAAUGGAAAGGUCGAUGAUUACUACGUAGCGCGGUUUAGAUUGGACCAUCACGGUCACCACCAUCCUUACAUUGUGGGUAACUACGACCCGCUGGAAAAGUUGGGUGGACGUAUUUUUGCUCCCCUGCCGGGAGCACCCGAUACUUUCGAACACGAACGUGGAGACAUUCUGGUUGAAAUUGAACCGGUACAGUACGAGUUGAGAAAUAUAAAACUAAGCAAACUGAGGACCUCCAUUAAGAAGAAUCCUAUCGUUCUAGGAUCAACAAUCCUCUCGAACGAAGAAGAUAUCACGAACCAAGCGGAAACGGUGAUAACGUACGAUUACGCUAAGGUAACCUACUAUGGCCGACAGCCGGGAGUGGGUAACGGAGUACCUACGAAAGUAAUCGACUUCCGAACGCAACAAACAGUCGACAUGUACUGGGGUGUGGAACUGACCGAACGUAAAUUUGAAACUAAAGCGAUCAACACAAUUCUGCAGCCGGGAACGGCUAUCAAUGUGACACUACUGGGUAAUUACACAGAGAUGGAAGCACAGUACAAUGCGAAUCUUAAGGCAUACUACGACGACAAUAGUGACCCCGUUAUGAGGAAGCUUAUUGGAUAUCUAAUGAGCAAAGACAUGGAAGACGUCAAGAUCGAGUUCAGUCCGAUCUACUGGAUGGAGAACGGAACGCUUGUACCGACAACCACGACCACCACUACAACUACGACCACUUCGACGACGGAGGCGACCACCACGAAUGAACCGGUGCCAAUUAGCAACACCCCGCUCGACAUCGGAAGCCGCUUCGAAGACGACAAUGAAGUCGAUCCGCUGUCGGCUACCAGCCGGGAGGAGGCUGCCAGCAGCCGAAGUAUCGACAAGCCCGCUAGUAGCAUAAGCCUGUCCAGCGUGGGCGGAUCGGCCAAAGGCGGACAGACAACGGCUUUCGCCAAACUGCGGUGGUCCCUCGGGGCGAUAGCGAUGAUGGUAGCGAUUCUGGUAACGAAACUACGGAACGUUCUGUAGGGCUUUACGAGCGCUGUGUUAAAUAUGUGUUGCUUUCUACCAUGCUAUUUUUUGUUUUUCCUCUUUCGAAGUAGAUUUAAUGGUUGAGAUCUGUCUGUAUGGCAUUUCCUUCAUGCAGAAGGAUAACGCGAUAAGCUUUUAUCAAUUCGGUUCGUUCUGAUAAUUGAGCUUGCACUCAUUCGAUACCAAUUUUCCGCGCUGACAACAUCGUCGCACUUCUUGUUUUUAGAUCCCUAAGGACACGUUCAAGCAGUUUAAGUUAAGAUAGUGAUAAACAAACUUUAUAUCAUUCUAUUUAAUUAGAAAAAAAAGAUUAAAUUAACUGCUAUCCAUUGGAGGUUUUUAUAGCUUAGCAAGUAAACCUGAAAAUAUAGAAACCAGUGAAAAAGCCUGUUACAACAGAGCGAAAAAGCGUCAAUGUGAGAGAAAACUUUGUUUAUCGUGUACAUAUAGUUUGUAAUUUAGGAAUACUUUUCAACAUAGUGAAACAAUGAAUCAAAUGACGCAAGCGAGGUUAUCAUUUUAAAUAAUUUCAAUCAAGUUCAGGUGAACUCUGUGCACUCACUGUUUAUGCUUCCCACUAUUCAAACAUUCCAUUGACUUAGAAUCCCCAGAUGCAAUAAAACCACAUUUAGAGGAGCAGACAAAAGCAGGGAAUUAGUAGUCUGUCUAUCGUGGCAGUUUCAGAAAGAUUUGAAAGCUGACUGAACAGUUGGAGCAACGUUUUUAUUGAGUCACUAGUAUUUAGCCUAAUGGUAAAAGUAUGGAUAGCACCUGUUAAUUUAGUACUUAUUUCAAAUCAACUUCCCGGUAACAAUAUUCGAUAAACACUGCCAGUAGUAAAAGCUUCCAAAAGAAAGGAAAACGUUGAAGAAAAACAUUCUGAAUUUGCUAAUAUCUAAAUGAGUGGCUCAACUGUUCAGUUCGGUCCGAUGCGCGAUGUUGGUCGAAUGGUUGGUGCAAUAUUUCCCGGAAAUAUUUCACAGGCGGUUUGUGUUCUGGAUAGAAAUGAAACUUUAGACGGAAAUUUCAACGGUUGGUAUGGAAACGAACGGCAAAAUAAUUAUGAUGUCAAAAAUGUUAUUGAAUUUGAAUAAAAACAUUGUGUUGCAAAGUGUAAUAAAAAUAAGUUGAAUGCUGAAUGGUAAUCCAGAAUGAAAAGCCUCUCAAUACUUGUAUAACUCUUCUAAUUUGGCAAGUAAAUAGUUUUCUCAAGCAUGAAGAAUUUAUUAUUUUCUUUGUUGCCGCGGGGCUCACACAAGAGAUCUGCACCAAAUAUUCACCACUCUUGUUGCGUAAUUGCCGCAUCAACUGCUUCCUCAUUUCCAAUUGAAAGCGAUGUAAAUAGUACAAACAGAACAAAUGAUAGCGGAAUUGUUCAAGAAACUGUUUAUAAUAAUAGAUAUUAUGAUGAAUUUAAUUAAAUCUUAAGCGCUCUACAACUCGGACAAAACGCAAAGGAAAAGUUAUCCAAAUAUACACGUGAAUAUUAUGAAAAUCACCAACAAUAAAUAACAAUCUCUUAUAAUUACUAAAUUGAAGACAAAAACAUAUAAAUGCCUUGUGUGUGUGAUCAAUAUUAUAAUACUAUCCGUAAACAGAGCAAAACCGUCACAUUAGGAAACAAAAAUAAUACGCAAAUCGCAUACUUUUGCGCCCGUGCUAUUUGUUUCUUUCUCUAACUUGUCCAAAAACACACAAUUUCAAAUGUUUAGACAAAAAACAAACCUACUCACUGGUAAAAAUGCUGACGAAAACGAUGGAUAUGUUCAGAUGUUCAGAAGUAGUUGCUAUUUGGUUGUUGGAAAGAGAAAAGUCCUACAAUAUGUGCUAAAAGAAUGUUGUAUUAUGCAGUACUAUUUUGAAACAAAAAAAAGAUCUGUUUAUGACGUUAGUGCGUCGCUUCUUAUUCAAAAUGUUUAUUUUGCUUCGAUAUGUGCUUUUUGGCCGAUAAUAUACAAAUUAACUUCGUAAUAUAAUCAACAUUCUCUUACAAACCCAAACAAAACAAAAAAAGAACUACAAAAGCGCAAUGUUGCCUUCAUUUGCCUGUGCUUACCGAAUUCUUGCACUUAUUUAUCGAAGAUGUAUAGUAUGCCUAUCAAAUUUUAAAACGAAUAUUCAGUACUCACUGCUACCUGUCAGGAAAAAAAAACAAUGGAACGAAGCUAACAACAACGGCCGGCUAAGCAAACAAUGUAGUUAUUAAACGGAAUCGAAACGUUGAAACGAAAUGCCACUGAUGAAUAUACCAAGAGCAAUUCUAAAGAAAAGACUUAAGCUAUUGAAACGAAACGGAAGUCAGCAUGCAGUGCACUUAACGCUGUCCCUGUCUAUUUCAUUUCCCGCAAUGCUAGCCCCAAAAGUCCUUUAUAUAUUGCGGCAAACGUAAAAAAAAAUUAAAUGGCAACAUUAAAGGCCAACUAUAACACAAAAUUUAACCAGACAAACCAACAAACAAGACAAAAAGGCUAUUUUUAUAAUCAUAUUUAUUACCAGCUAGUGAAUAAUAUAUCGAAUGUAACUGUAACAACACAAAUGCGAUGAAGUUAAAAAUACAAACCUGGAGGAAUGGGAAUUGGUAGCUUUGGUGUCCCAGCCAAAGGCUGGCCGAACUUUGGCAUCGCACAGCUAUUCACAACACUACGAAAGUAGCAGUGAUAGUUAGAUCCUAGCCCUCCGGCGGCGUUUAGAAAGUCUUUUUAGCAUUGAGCGCACUUCAGUGCGGGACAAGCGAAUGAUAUCUACAUGUAAGCUCUUUUUUAUUUAAGUGCAUAUAGCUUAGGAAACGGCAACCUGCAUGCAGCAAUGCGAUGAGCGAUGCGUAGAAAAUGGGAGGCCGAAAAAACGAACGCAAGAAUGUGAAUAUAAUGAUGUUUAGAAGCGAAGGCGCACGCGCGGUGAAGCAGGACACCGUCAGCAUUUGUUGAUUGUAUAUUACUGUAAUUGUAACACUGUAUCUCGAUACAAAAUGGACAAAAGUAUUCUCAAUA